CAGGGGGCUGAGCUGAUCCCACGUGUGACGCUGUCGUUCCCGGCUCAGUAAUAUUCUCAUAGCGGGGCUUUGCAUAUCUCCUGCCUGGCACUGUGUCUCUCACUCUCACGGUAGUCCCAGCCGAUAGUUUUUUUUGGAAUAGCUAUGGAAGGAGACGGGAGUCAAGCCACAUCCGGAAGCCUAAAUGACUCACACCAUGACCCCGGUAAAAUGUUUAUCGGUGGUCUCAGCUGGCAAACCUCACCAGACAGCCUUCGAGACUAUUUUAGCAAAUUUGGAGAGAUAAGAGAAUGUAUGGUGAUGAGAGACCCCACGACGAAACGCUCAAGAGGAUUUGGAUUUGUUACAUUUACAGAUGCUGCCAGCGUAGAUAAAGUCUUAGCUCAACAACACCACGAAUUAGACUCAAAGACGAUUGAUCCUAAGGUUGCCUUUCCACGUCGCGCCCAGCCUAAGAUGGUCACAAGAACAAAGAAAAUAUUUGUUGGUGGCCUUUCAGCCAAUACAGUAGUGGAAGAUGUGAAGCAGUAUUUUGAACAGUUUGGGAAGGUGGAUGACGCCAUGCUUAUGUUUGAUAAGACUACAAACAGACAUAGAGGAUUUGGUUUCAUAACUUUUGAGAGUGAAGACAUCGUUGAGAAAGUCUGUGACAUUCAUUUUCAUGAAAUCAAUAAUAAAAUGGUAGAAUGUAAGAAGGCCCAGCCCAAGGAGGUGAUGUUCCCGCCAGGAACACGAGGGCGAGCCAGGGGUCUGCCCUACACCAUGGAUGCCUUCAUGCUGGGAAUGGGCAUGCUGAGUUACCCGAAUAUUGUGGCCACGUAUGGCCGUGGAUACACUGGAUUCGCACCCAGCUACAGUUACCAGUUUCCUGGCUUCCCAGCGACAGCAUACGGACCGGUGGCGGCGGCGGCAGUAGCAGCAGCAGCGCGUGGCUCAGGUAGGGGGGCCCGUGGAAGAGGCGGCUACUUGGCGUACCCACAGAGCACAGGGCCAGGCCUCCCCGAUUAUGGGUUUUACUCUGCGCCCAGUGACCAGAGGGGGGGGCCCUGCUCCUUUGCUGACUAUGGCUCCCUGGGGCCCCAGGCGGCUCAGAUGCUGCACAGUGAGCAUGCCACCUCCGCCUGCAACUCCCCCCUCCAGCACCUACACAGCCCGGAUCAGUUUAAGAACCCAGGCGCCAACCCGUCAAGGCCCGGAGCUUUCCACGGCGCCAACAGCCCAGGGCCUGUGGCAGAUCUGUACGGACCCAGCAGCCAGGACUCAGCUGUGGGCAACUACAUCAGCGCCGCCAGCCCUCAGCCCGGUUCCGGGUUUGGCCCCAGCAUCACCGGCCCCUUGAUUGCGACAGCUUUUACAAAUGGAUACCAUUGAACAGGUGGCCCACUUGCCAUCUCAUCAGAGGUGGCGCUACUGAGACACGGCGGACAGGCUAAAGGAGCGAAAGUGGUAACCACGUGAAGAAGAAGAAGAAAAGAAAGCGCUGAGUCACCUCAGAAAAAGAACAACUGCUGUACAAUAUUCCAAACCUCCUAUAACGUCGGCGCCUGCUUUGGUUUGAUGUUCCACGUCUUUUUCCUCACCUGUGUUUGGUUGCUUUUAGUUCCACACGACCUUCGUGUCCUUCUUUUAUUUGGCAGGCGGCAUAGCAAAGAAAAUCUGCUCGUAACGUCUUUGUCUUGUUAGCUUGAAGGAGAAAAUCACAUUCAGGCUCUAACUGAAAAAAAUACUAAUAAUGAAGUCGCUGUGCAAGGUUUGUAGAUUUGAAAAAAAAAAAAAAAAAAAUUUAGGUCAAAUCGGAUACGAGGGUAUCAAAGUAAUAAAUCUUAGUAGUGCUUUUAUUUCUUGUGACGUCUCAUUGUUGACCAUGAUGACCUACUUUUGGGCAAUACAAAGAGGACUCCAAUAUUUUUAUGGUCCUUUUUUAUAAGUGUUGGGUUCUUUUUGAUGUUUAGAAAUAUAUAAAUAUAAAUAUAUAUAUAAAUAUAUAUAUAUAUGCUAUAACAAAUUUCAUAUAACGACAUUGUGAGUUGAAAGUUGAGAAAAAAGAAAUGUAGCUGUACAUAUUAUUCCAUCAUAUAACCAACUCAGUGAGAGAAUAGCAUAUUUUUGUGAUGGUGUGUCCAAGAACAUGUGUGAAUCUUAUUAUUAUUAUUAUUAUUAUUAUUAUUUGUCUCUCCCGCUGCUGACAGCAACACAACACAUUUGCUGUGUAAAUAAGCCGAGCUCAACCAUUUUACAAAGUGUCGAACCAGCAAACUUCCAUUUUAUGAAUUUCAGAAAAAAAACAAGAAAUAAAGCAAAAUGACAGCCAAAAAAGAUCCGGAUUGUUCAACUGAGAAGAAACAAAACCAAACUGAUUUGAAUCCAAAGCACAGUGUAGUACUUUUACAUUACAUGUUGUGCACACCUGGACACUUUUCUACUCCUCUUGGUUGGCUUUCUUUUUCAUCCCGCUCUUUCCCAGAUUCUUUUUGGGAAUAUUUGGGCUCAGUCUGCUUCUAUUUUGCUUUUCUUAUGAUUUUUGGACUGAAUUAGGAAAGGUUUUUUGAUACCAUACCUCAGCCUUGUGACUUGUAUUGUGGAGCGCCAGGCAGGUUGAAUUUAAUGUUCCGUGAAUGGAAGGAGAAAAAAAAAAAAACACUGAAAAGUUUCCGAGCAAUCGUUGCACUGUGAGUAGUGAAGUUCUUUGCACAUUUUCAUAACAUGCUUGGGAUUUCUCCGACUUAACGGUUGGCUAAAGAGCAGCUGACAUGUUUGAUCAGACCCAUCUGACGCUAUUUAUUCCGGGUCACACACUGAACAACACACACCUUUUUCUCGCAGUAAUACAGUGGGUAGGGGAUCCAUAUGGCCCCAUUCGUCUCGGUUUACCUGACACAUGAAACGUGACGUAUUGGAGAGUUCAAUAUCUUAAAAUGUGUUUUGUGGCAAUUCCGACUUUGACCACAGUGUCAGUUGCUCCGUAGAGUGGCGCUUUCUGUCAUAUUCAGCAGACUGCAUUGCAAAAUAUUUACCUCCCCUGGCAAGCUCAACCCAGGAAGGAGGCCAUAUGAAUCCCCAACAACAAAAACGCGCUCUCGUGGGUGUCUUUUUCAUGGACCGAGCCGACGGUGCGUAUCGCUCAACUUUGUAGCCUUUCACAUUUCAAACAUUUCUUUUUGCAAACAACCAGGUCAGGAUCCUGGAUACUUUUAACGGUAUGGCGUUGUGAUCAAUUUAAAGGACAAAAAAAUGUAAUUGUAAUGUUCUCAUGUAAAAAAAAAAAAAAAGAAAAAAAAAAAGAUGCUUCUUUGCUGAUUUUGUUGUGGUUUCUCUAUGAAUACUAAUUGUACUUCUACUAUUAAAAUGUACUGUGCAUCCAUUGCUUUCUCUCUCCAUCCUCUGAGGUUGUUUUGUUGCUCAUUCAUGUAAACAUGGGUGUGUAAAGAAAUACCUUGUAAACACAGUGCUGUCUUUGCUAGCAGUCUAGUGCUUCAUUGUUGUUCUUCUCCCUCCCCCGGCCCCCGCCUCUAAGUACAAGUAGAUGUUCUGAGUAUGCUAGUAGUAGUGAGUGUAGUGACCCAGGACCAGUCAGAUAUACAGUAGACCUUUCUCUCCGUGACCAUCUUCAAACUUGGACCUUUUUGUUUAGGCUCCCAAUUUUUUGCCCUCGCCUCUCUCGCGUGGUUUCAGCCAACCAAAGCUCUCGUGGAUGGACGAUAGAGAGAAAGAAAAUACAAAUAAAAAUACUUGCUGGGAGGUGGAAUUGUACACAAGGCAUUAUUUGGAUAACCCACCCUUGAAUGUUUUUAAAGGGGUGUGCCAUACUACCUUAAAUGCUAACGCUAGAUAUGCAAAACCUUGUUUUUACAGAAUGGUAGAAGCAGUCGCUUCAUAAAAAGUGUUGUUUUCUUCUGAUUCACGGGCAUUAAUAUUGUGAGAGACAAACUGGUGCAUCCAACCUCAAAUAAUGGUCAAAUAGGUGUCUUAGCUCAACUGCAGAGAGCACCAGGCCUUGUUUUAAGAACACAACGGUACUUUCUCUAAUAAGCCACGCGUUUAUUCCAGCGUCUGAGGCCUUGCUGAAGUGUUACGAAUAGGAAUUGUACGCGACGAAGCCCAAGUAUGUCAGGAUGUGCGUACUUUUGUACGCUACAAAGACAUAAGACAAGUAACGUGCAUACUUGUGUGGUUUGUUACACGCCGGCCUGAUUCACACACACCUGGGAAGUGAGGCUUUCUUUGUGCAGGCGUCAAAACAGUGCCAAAGUCCUCACGCGUAAAAACUGCAGACUCGUUUUAUGCAUGCACACUUAGAGAGGCCAUGCCCACGCUGAGUGUGGUUUUAACGCGUGAAUACUUUGCCACUGUUUUGGCGCCAUACUGAAUAUGCUAACUUUCUAGGUGGUGUCUUUUUGCCCGCGCUCGGACUCUGUUUGCGCUCGCAACGUAUCUUUCUCUUUCUCCGCGAGCGUGAAGUUCCAUUCUUUCAGUAUUAGAGUCGGGCAUUGAAGAUACCGCCCAGCAACACCCGCUCCUUUUUGAUUGGUCACUUCAAACGCGCAGAUAGUGGUUUUUACAGGUGAGGAUUUUGGCACUGUUUGGCCUGAUGCCAAAGUCCUUGUUUAAACCUUGUGCAAGCGUAACAUUGACUAUACAUACUUACUCCUAGGAACCAAAAGUCUAGCAUUGACUAUACACACUUACUCCUAGGAACCAAAAGUCUAGCAUUGACUAUACGCAGUUACUCCUAGGAACCACAAGUGUAACAUUGACUAUAGGAACCAAAAGUCUAACAUUGACUAUACGCAGUUACUCCUAGGAACCAAAAGUGUAACAUUGACUAUACACACUUACUCCUAGGAACCAAAAGUCUAAUAUUGACUAUACACACUUACUCCUAGGAACCAAAAGUCUAACAUUGACUAUAGGAACCAAAAGUGUAACAUUGACUAUACGCAGUUACUCCUAGGAACCAAAAGUGUAACAUUGACUAUACACACUUAUUCCUAUGAACCAAAAGUCUAACAUUGACUAUACACACUUACUCCUGGAACCCAAAGUCUAGCAUUGACUAUACACACUUACUCCUAGGAACCAAAAGUGUAACAUUGACUAUACGCAGUUACUCCUAGGAACAAAAAGUCUAACAUUGACUAUACACACUUACUCCUAUGAACCAAAAGUGUAACAUUGACUAUACACACUUACUCCUAGGAACCAAAAGUCUAACAUUGACUAUACACACUUACUCCUAUGAACCAAAAGUGUAACAUUGACUAUACACACUUACUCCUAGGAACCAAAAGUCUAACAUUGACUAUACAAUUAAAUAGUCAAUCAAAUAGGUGUCUUAGCUCAACUGCAGAGAGCACCAGGCCUUGUUUUAAGAACACACUUACUCCUAGGAACCAAAAGUCUAACAUUGACUAUACGCAGUUACUCCUAGGAACAAAAAGUCUAACAUUGACUAUACACACUUACUCCUAGGAACCAAAAGUCUAACUUUGACUAUACACACUUACUCCUCGGGAAAAAAAAGUCCAACAUUGACUAUACGCAGUUACUCCUAGAAACAAAAAGUCUAACAUUGACUAUACACACUUACUCCUAGGAACCAAAAGUCUAACAUUGACUAUACACACUUACUCCUAGGAACCAAAAGUGUAACAUUGACUAUACAAUGACUAUACGCAGUUACUCCUAGGAACCAAAAGGGACAUGAUCUUGAAAGUGUAAUAAGUCAGCCAUCUUUUUUUAUUUUAUUUGUUUUACUUUCAACUGUAGAAAUCUUUGAACAAUUUCAGAUCUAUCUGUUUACACAAAGUUUUUGUUAUGUUUUAUGACCUUUUUGUCAAAACUAGUUUUAUUAUAGUGGGAAAAUGCAAAAUAUGCCAUAUUUCUAAAACAAUUAUAAAUUGCAAGUGUAAUAUUUAAAGUUGGGUAAUAAGUGGUGAAUAACAUAUGACAACAUUGAUUUUGAUACAACAGACAAAAAAAAACAUUCACAGUGCUUACUGAGCUAGAAUGAGAGAGAACGCAGGUAUGAAUGACUUGGUUGAGUUUACUGACUGAGCAAGUCUAUAUCUAUCUGCCAUGUUACAUCCCAGCAGGCACAAGACAAUGAAACAAUGUUGCAAAAUAUUUUUCUUUGUAAACUGAGACAACAUUGAUGUUUAACAUUGGAUCAAAUGACCAAAAUUCAACGGUCAAAUCAGCUUCAGAACCCGACAUUGAUUAAACGUUGUCAAAGAGCAUGUUGUUUCAACGUUAGGUCUGAGUUGGUCAACGUCAGGACCUAAAUCUACAAGUUAUCAGUGUUGUUUCAAUGUUCUGUGCCUGCUGGGAUAUAACUGCUAAAAUGUUCAUUGCAUUUCAGUGGUUUAAUGGGACUUAAAUUCAUUUACGCUUGUCAAAGCUCUGAGACUUAUCCAUCAUGGUUUUCUGGUGCCAUCUGGUGGUUAAGGGGCACAAUUACACCUAAUUAACAUUUUCUUGUUUUUCAGUCAGCAAGAAUGAGAUUUAAUACACCAGGAUCAGUCUGUUAAAAAAUAGCAGUUGUAAUUGGAGUCAAUGGGGCCGAAAGAGGUCUUAAGAGAAAGUGUGUAUACUUUAUGUUUAUAUCCUAUUCUAACAACGUUGCAAUCAAUUUUAGAAAGAAAAAAAGGCUUAACCUUCAAACUGAACAAUCGUAUCACAAAAGGAACGCAUGUAAUGCCCGUUUAGGGCCCUAGAGUUGCACAAGGGUUAAGUGGUUUGGUUGUUGAAGUCACGGCGUCAAAUAGAGCAGAGGCCACUAUUUGAGGAUGUCAAUAAAUGAUGUAAUCAUCCCGACCUUAUCCAUCAAGGAGGAAAACAGUUCAAGAAACAAGGCCAGCAUUCACUUCAGUUGCUACCUUCCGUGAUUGGAAGUAGCUAUUUUUGCCUUCAGUGUGACAGGGUACAAGAAAGUGUUCCUUCUGUUUAUUGUAACUUGAGUUUGUUGGAAAGACUUGAAGGUUACUUUGCCACCACUGGCCUCCAUAGCGAUAGUAAUACUAGUAGUAGUACUCUUAGCCACGCAGUAGCUUGGACUUUAAGGUAGCAUGGCUCUGUUGCUCUCGUUCCGUCUCCAACUGACAGCGCUUUGCAGCUGAUGAAUGUUACUCAUUUUUAGUCGACUUAGCUUCUCCAUUCAGGGAGAGGGGAGGGGGACUUGGUUUAUGAAAAAAAAAAUGUAUUAAAAAAAAGAAAAGAAAAAAAAAAAGCAGAAGUCCACCGGAAAGGUGUUGACAUUUGUAGUGUACUACCGUAUCCAUUGAAACUUGAAUCUUGAGGCAAGUGCUAGGCAAUGACCACACUUCACGUAGCUCGUCCUGCACACACACUGACUUUUCUGUCAUCUUGUUGCUUCCGCAAGCAGCAGAUCCACGUCCAGUUGCAAUUAGAAGCCAAAUAGACCGACUGGACUUCUUGCACCAACAAAAUCAGCUGCUUUUUAACGGCGUGAAGCCUUCAAGAUGACAGAAGAAGCACUGUUGUCUUCUUAGGGUGACUUGAAACCAUCACCACCUCCCAUGCAAUAGACAUUCAUGUGUAUUAGGUUUCCUUUAGCUCACGUAGGUACUGUCACACAGCUGGAGUCCAUCACAGGUGCAUUGUGGGACUUGGAAGCGCUUCCAACGUCCAACGCCAUUCCUAACACUUGCCCCCCUUUUUUCGUUUUUUAUUCUGUUAACCGACUUUUUAUGGCGAGAGACAGACAGACAGACUUGACUGACACCUGAAAGCAUCUUUCAGGUUACCAUAUAGGCUUGCUGAAGCCCUGUUGUAAAAUAUACGGAAAAUAAUAAUGGAUGGAUGGAUGGGGGUCUCUCACAUAUCAAAUGUGGAAAGUCUAAUUUUAUAUUUGUAUUUUCAAAUAAUAAUAUUGACAAAAAAUUGUCUGUGAAAGGUUUCCAUCCUCUACUGUGGUCCAGAAAUUGAUGUGUCUGUCUGGAAAAUAAAUACAAUAAACUGAAUUGUUAUAUGA